UCGCCUUCUUUCCCUCCUCUCCUCCCCUGCCCGGACAUCUGGCUUGUCUGCCUCUCUUACACCAUGGCAGACAAGAAACCCUCCCUAGCCCCAACAACCACCAAUCCGCGCGGCAUCCCCACCGCCCCCUUCGUCGACAAUGUAUCCGACUACGUCUCGACGCGCGCGGAAGUGGAAUCGACCCUGCGGUCCUUCCAGGAGAUGAUCUCGAAGUACCAAUUCAUGGAAGUCAACACGCAGCGCCGCGGUCAGGGUCUGCGCGACAAGAUCCCAGACAUCAAGAAGACGCUGGAGAUGGUGACGUUCCUCCAGAUGCGGCGCCAGAACAACCUCGACCCGCUAGAGACCAACUUCGAGCUGAACGACACUCUGUACGCGCGCGCAAGCAUCGACCCCGCUGACACCGAGGAGGUGUAUCUGUGGCUGGGCGCCAAUGUCAUGCUGGCGUACCCCAUCGAGGAGGCUCAGACCAUGUUGACGGAGAAGUUGGCCGCCGCGGAACUGAGUCUCGCGAAUUGUGAGGAGGAUUUGGAGUUUUUGAGGGAGCAGAUUACUACGCUCGAGGUCGCGACUGCGAGAGUGUAUAACUGGGACGUUGUGCAGAGGCGGAAAGAAAAGGCCGAGGGGAAAGAUGAUGAGGGGAGUACGGACAAGAAGAGGCCCGAUGGGGGUUAAGUUACGCUGGUCCGUGUAUGUAUUCCUUGGUUUAAAGCAUGCUGGGAGAAUAAAAGUCCAUAAUACCAUUUUUGCAUGGAUGGAGGUUGUAAAUACCAUGCUGGUGCUGG